AUGGCAAGCAUCGAUUCCGUUACCCUCCUCUCUGAGGCUGAGUAUGGUUGUGAGCAUCUUGCCACUAUACUGUCACAAGAUGAGAACACUGCUGGCCAGUUCAAGAGCUCUUUUAUUAAAACACACCAUAAACUAGCUCCGCAAACAACUCCUUCAAGUGGUACAUCUCAACAGAAACCUGGUCUCCAUUACUCCAGUCUCCUCAAGCCCAAAUACACAUGCUUGACUUGUUCGGAGGCGUGUGUAAAUGGAGAUCGAAAAACACAUACGCAGAAAACCGGCCAUCGAUUCUAUAUGGAAUCGAGGGGCCGUGCAGUCUUUUGUCAAGGUUGUGGUGACUUUGUUUACGAUCAUGGUCUGGAGCGCCUGCGAUCGUCGGCGCCAGACAGUAUGCUUACAGCCCCCAACAAACGUCGUUUUAGCGAAAGCUCCUCCGACGAGCUCUAUGUCAGAAGCAAUGCCAACAAGCGACCCUGUGCCAAGCAAGGCGUUAGAGGCUUGUUCAACCUCGGGCAGACUUGUUAUUUGAAUGUCGUCCUUCAGACGCUACUACAUGAUCCCAUUUUGAAUACUUACUUUCUUGGAAACGGUCAUCAAUCCCACGAUUGCACCGUUCGUGAUUGCAUAGGUUGCGCCGUCGCAGAAGCGUUUUCUGAUUUUAACAGCAGCGAUAAGGCCGAGGGUUUUGCUGCACUAAGCUUACUGCUAGCAUCAUGGCGGGCAAGUCCUACCUUGGCAGGAUACCAACAGCAAGAUGCGCACGAAUACUACCAAUUUCUCGUCGACAAGCUCCAUUCCAGCACCGACGGGCAUCAAGAGAACCAUGAGAAGGGCUGCUCUUGUUUCUUUCACAAAACCUUCUAUGGAAAGCUGCGGAGUAGCGUGACCUGCGACAAAUGCGGCAACGUGACACGAACAGAAGAUCCUAUGGUGGAUCUGAGUCUUGACGUUCAAGCGAAAAAGCGAGCGAUGGGUGGUGGCACCGGUCUCUCAUCGGCACCAACUCUGAAUGGGUGCUUAGAGAGCUACACAUCCCCAGAGAGACUUAUGGCAGAUGUAUAUAACUGCAGUGGGUGUGGUGGAACUCCUCAGAAAGCGACGAAACAGCUGCGAAUCAAGAAAUUGCCGGCAAUUCUAUGUAUGCAACUGAAGCGUUUUGAGCACACAUUUUCGGUCUCCGAAAAGGUCGAAGGAAAGAUCGAUUUCCCCCUGUCGAUCAAUAUGCUUCCAUACACUACCAACCCGCACACUCAACGAAUCGACAAGUCCAGAUUCAUGUAUGACCUGUCGUCUGCUGUGGUGCAUAAAGGAAAACUGGACGCGGGACAUUACUACGUCUAUUGCCGUCAGGGUGACCAGUGGAUGCUUUUCAACGACGACCAGGUAACAGCAGUAACAGAGGCCGAGGUUCUCAGUGCCGACGCCUACCUUUUGUUUUACAACCUACGAUCCUUGGCUUCUCCGCGGUAA